AUGGCCCAGUUUAGCUUGGAGGAACUGCCAGUACUGCCUUUGGCUGAGAGUUUUGCCCUCACUGCAGCUUACAAUGCCGAUUCAUUCCCCGAUAAGGUGAACCUCGGCCAAGGCGUCUAUCGAGAUGAAGCAUGCCGACUCUGGGUAUUGCCUAGUGUCCGAGCUGCUGAAGAGGUUCUCCAUAAUCAAAAUGCCAAUCACGAAUAUCUCCCCAUCACAGGCGAUAAACAUUUCAAUGAUAAGGCACGAGAGCUCAUGUUCAGCCCGGAGCUAGCGAAGAACCCAAACAUCCGCACUGUGCAGACAGUAGCAGGAACAGGUGCAAACAGUCUCGCUGCCCUGUUUUGUGCACGUCAUAUUCAGCCAAAGAAUGUCUUCAUCUCUGACCCAACCUGGGAUAACCACUACCUCAUUUGGAAGACCGCAGGCCCGGAAAUCAAGCAGAAGCUUUACCCCUACUACAACUCCUCAGCCUGCUCUUUCAAUUUCAAUGGAAUGAUCGCUGCGCUGGAAACUGGAGAGGAGAACGAUGUUGUCGUCCUACACCCUUGUGCGCACAACCCAACAGGACUUGAUCCUUCACAGGAGCAAUGGAAGAAAAUUGCCGAGGUUAUUGGGCGUAAACGGCUCUUUGUCGUCUUUGACAGCGCAUACCAGGGAUUUGCCUCUGGUGACCCUGAUGCAGACGCUUGGGCAAUCCGAUACUUUUACUCCACCUUCUUUGGCGCUUUGUCCAACACAACAAACCCGCCGGCUGGAAUGCUUGUCUGCCAGUCCUUUUCUAAGAACUUUGGACUGUAUGGGGAGCGCAUUGGGGCACUACAUCUCAUCAGUCCACUAUCCGUCGCUGCAGAGGGUGCAUACACCCACCUGAUCCGCUUGAUUCGCGCCGUGAUCGCAUGUCCUUCUCUGUUUGGGGCCAGAGUGGUUAAUACCAUUCUUUCGGAUACGGAUCUUACUGCGCAGUGGGAGAAGGACGUGAAGACAAUGGCACUGCGAAUCCAAGGCGUUCGAUCCUCACUUCGAGCUGAGUUGGAGAAGAUUAACACCCAGGGAGACUGGUCUCACAUUGAACGCCAGAUUGGCAUGUUCAGUUACACUGGGUUGUCGAAGGCGCAGGUUGACCGAUUGAAAGAGGUCUACCACAUCUACAUGCUGGGCAAUGGUCGCAUGAGUCUGAGUGGACUUAAUGAGAGCAAUGUGGCAUAUGUGGCUCGUGCCAUAAAAGAUGUUGUUGAUCACAAAUAA